AUGCAGGUCGACACUCCCUUCUCGCGUUUUCUUGGCAAGCCGCCGAUUAUGGUCGUUGGAAUGACUCUUUCCACUGUGCCAGCCGGUUUCUGCAGUGCCGUCCUUGACGCUGGUCACCGCAUCAAGCUCGCUAGGGAGUGCGCGCAAAUCAUCUACGACCAGACCUCCUCCCCGCGUCUCGACAAAGUUCUCAAGAAAUGGGGCCAAGAGAACUGGGCCAGCGCUGAGAAACACCAAAAGCUCGCUUGCAUUAUCCUGUUUGAGCUUUUUGCGUAUCAAUUUGCGUCCUCCGUCUGUGGGAUUCAGACUCAAGAUCGCCAAUUCGAGGACGAGGCUAGGGCAGCUGCUGAGUCUGAAACUCCCGAAGCCGCUGCUGUUACUUCAGUUGCUGCUACUGCUGGUGCGCCUCGGGCGGUCGCUCUUGCGGCUCCUUCUGGGCCAGUCGCAACUAUCGACAAUUUCCCUGUCAAAGUCAUUCAUGUUUUUACUGCAAUCGUCGCGCAAAAGUUGAAGAAGAAAAUCAACGAGAUCUCUCUCUCCAAGUCCAUCAAGGACCUCGUCGGUUCCAAGUCCACUCUUCAGAAUGAGAUUUUCAGUGAUCUCCAACUCAAGUUUACCUCCGCUCCCGAGAAGGGCGAGGAACCUCUGCUUGAAGAUUUGGCAAGCGCGCUUUCUUAUGGCCACAGUGCUCAGCACAUCGAGCUGUAUAUGCGCUACCUCAACCGGAACUCCCGGGCCGGCGAAACUGCUCUCGUCAACGAGAAGGCCAACGGUCUUGCGCUACAGACCAAGCCCGACAACGUCGCCAAGGAGCACGGAGACGUCUAUAUCGAGGGUAUUCAACUCAUGUUUGACCCCAUCAAGGUUCGCCGAUUCGACUUGAAUUGGGCUCGUCAAGAUGCCCUUCUCAUGUUCUAUGACAUUAUCUUCGGUCGUUUGACGACUGUCGACUGUGAUAUUACUGCUCGUUGCAUCGCGUUGAUGAACCGUGCCGAUGCUGAAGUUUUGGCCUAUAUGCAGUACAACAUCGGCCAAAUGGACCCAACAAAGGGCGAGACGUACGCAUUGGCCAAGAAACCCGGUCAGCAACUGAUUGACAAUGUCCGGGAGGUCAUCGGAGAAGACCCGUUUUACAUGUACGAUUGCCUUGACCAAGCGCCACUGCUCGAGCCCCGUCGACUUGCCGUGUAUCUAUCCAAGCAGAAAGACUCGCGAUGGGACCCGUUUAUCGCUCUGUCCAAGAACGGCAGACUCUUCAAGAAUGCAAUGACCACAGCAGCGGUCUUUGGAUCGACCAAGAUUGCCGAGCAACCAAUGUCGACAUUGCAAUGCUUCACGCAGCCUGAAAAAGAAGUGAACGGUCGAAGAAGGAAGUGCAGAAGGAGCAAGAGGAUUAUGACCACAAAGCGGCUAAUUGGUGGGCUUGUUACUCUUCCCAGACGAAUGGGAUAA